GCGCAUCGUCUAUUCCCAAUACCAAAGAUGAGUUAGACUUCAUCCGGCAACGCUUCGCCGGUCGCGACCAUAUGGUGCUCGAAGGUGAGGCGGGUACGAAGAGACAGGUGAUGAGAGCGAUGGAAGAGUGCAACUGGCUUCAUUUGGCAUGUCACGGGAUCCAAGAUUCAGAUGAACCAACAAAGAGUGCACUUGUUCUCGAAGACGGCCAUCUCACGCUCGAGGAAAUCAUAAAACUCGACCUUCCUCGAGCCGAGUUUGCGUUCUUAUCCGCUUGCCAAACAACAGCAGGAGAUGAGGAUCUGUCAGAAGAAGCCGUUCAUAUCGCAGGUGGGAUGCUCUUGGCUGGGUAUCGGAGUGUGGUCGCGACGAUGUGGUCUAUUCAAGACGAGCUCGCGCCGAAGGUGACGGACGAGUUCUAUAGGCAUGUCAUGGAAGAAGGAAAGCGACCUGACCCUACGAAGGCAGCAGAAGCACUGCAUGUAUCAGUCCAAAAGCUUCGCCAACACCCGGGCGUUCGGCUUAUAGACUGGGUUCCAUUCGUUCAUCUUGGAAUCUAG